UGCGCCGGGCGCUGGGACAGGGCGUGUUCCUUGUUCUGGUGCCAGUUUGGUGCGGCCGGAGUGCGGCUCUCGCUGCUGGGGUGCGUCCUGAGGAAGCGUGUCGUCCCGCGUCCGCGCUCUGGGGUUCUGUCCUCCGCGACCAUGUCCAAGUCCCUGAAAAAGUUGGUGGAGGAGAGCCGGGAGAAGAACCAGCCGGAAGUGGACAUGAGCGACCGGGGCAUCUCCAACAUGCUGGAUGUCAACGGCUUGUUCACUUUGUCCCAUAUCACACAACUGGUCCUGAGCCACAACAAGCUAACGACUGUGCCACCAAACAUAGCAGAACUGAAGAACCUGGAAGUGCUCAACUUCUUUAAUAACCAGAUUGAGGAGCUGCCCACACAGAUCAGCAGCCUUCAGAAACUCAAGCACCUGAACCUUGGCAUGAAUAGACUGAAUACUCUGCCGCGAGGAUUUGGCUCCCUACCAGCUCUUGAAGUCCUGGACUUGACUUACAACAACUUGAAUGAAAAUUCUCUUCCUGGAAACUUCUUCUACCUUACCACCCUGCGUGCACUCUAUCUAAGUGACAACGAUUUUGAAAUCCUGCCAGCAGAUAUUGGGAAGCUCACAAAGUUGCAGAUACUCAGCCUUAGGGAUAACGACCUGAUCUCGCUGCCUAAAGAAAUCGGGGAACUUACGCAGCUUAAGGAACUCCACAUUCAGGGGAACCGCCUGACUGUUCUGCCCCCAGAAUUAGGAAACUUGGAUUUAACCGGUCAGAAGCAAGUAUUCAAAGCAGAGAAUAAUCCCUGGGUUACCCCUAUUGCCGACCAGUUCCAGCUUGGAGUAUCCCAUGUUUUUGAAUAUAUCCGUUCUGAAACAUACAAAUACCUCUACGGCAGACACAUGCAAGCAAACCCAGAACCUCCCAGGAAGAAUAAUGACAAGUCGAAAAAGAUCAGCCGGAAACCCCUGACCGCCAAGAACAAAUAAAGCGUGGCACGGACAGGACUUCCGGCCGCUCUCAUGUACACCUCUGUCCUCUCGCUCUGUCUCACAAAUAAGUACAAUGUGUAUGUGGCUUUUAUUUUUCUUUCUUUUCACUCUUUUCUCGUGCUUACCACCUUACCUUUUAAGUUCUUUGGGUAGGUGGUAGAUUUCUAUGAAGUCUUAAAACCAUUUCCAUUUAUUCUUUAAAGUGCCAUGGCCAGGGAACAAAGGUCUAAUUCAGCUGCAGAUUCCAGAGGCAAGGGUUUCAGCGCCUUGAAUAGACACCACAAGGUUGCUUAUUGUCCGAAGAAUAAUUAAAAUCACGUGGCCUCUUAAAUGUCACGGUUAACACACUUCAUUCUAUAUAUUCACAUAACUCAUGAGCAUGCUUUGUUAGAAGCCUUGCUUCACCACUGAGACUUUAUGUUCAUCUGACUUACAAAUGAUUUUAAUAAAAUCUUGAAUUUGUAUCACA